AUGCAAGCCAAUCUGCAGCCAACGAAGUAUACCGGCCUUGUGGCCGAUCUGAUGCCCAACAUCAAGUUGAUGAAAUAUUCGGGCUUGUUUAUGCAUGCAUUCACCGGAGGCUCUGCAUUGCUGAAAAAUGUCUACUCAUCCAUACACUUGGUGCUGAUAGUGCUGCAGUUCAUCUUCAUCCUUGUCAACAUGGCCCUGAAUGCCGACGAGGUUAAUGAAUUGUCCGGCAAUACAAUUACGGCACUAUUCUUUACGCAUUGCAUUACGAAAUUCGUUUAUCUGGCAGUGAAUCAAAAGAACUUUUACAGAACACUUAACAUUUGGAAUCAGCCAAACUCCCACCCUCUGUUUGCGGAGUCGGAUGCUCGCUAUCAUUCAAUUGCUUUGGCUAAAAUGCGAAAGUUGUUCUUCUUGGUAAUGUUGACGACUGUGGCCUCGGCCGUUGCAUGGAUUACCAUUACCUUCUUUGGCGAGAGUGUCAAGUUCGCCACUGAUAAGGAAACCAACUCUACCAUUACCGUACCCAUUCCACGGCUGCCCAUUAAGUCAUUCUAUCCCUGGGAUGCAAGUAGUGGCAUGUUCUAUAUGAUAUCCUUUGGCUAUCAGGCCUACUACUUGCUCUUCUCUAUGGUCCAUUCGAAUUUGUGCGAUGUCCUUUUCUGUUCCUGGUUGAUAUUCGCCUGUGAACAGCUGCAGCAUCUGAAGGGCAUAAUGAAACCAUUGAUGGAGUUGUCAGCAUCGUUGGAUACCUAUCGACCUAAUUCGGCAGCAUUGUUUCGUUCGUUGUCGGCUAAUUCGAAAUCUGAAUUAAUUCAAAAUGAAGAAAAAGAACCUGUCAAUGAUUUGGAUAUGUCGGGCAUAUACAGUACAAAGGCCGAUUGGGGUGCCCAGUUUCGUGCUCCGUCAACUCUGCAGACCUUUAAUGGCAUAAACGGCGCCAAUCCCAAUGGCCUGACAAAGAAACAGGAAAUGAUGGUACGCAGUGCCAUCAAAUAUUGGGUUGAACGUCACAAGCAUGUUGUCAGGUAAGAAGAAGAGUUUUUGU